AUGCCUUCCAACGCCGACGAGAAGCCAUUCCUCCACUACACCGACGACGAGGCGCAAUGCGGGGAGCCGAGUACCGCCACGCCAUUUGAGGCGGCCGAGUCGAAGAGGAGGUGGAGGCGAGCAGUGAGGCCUGUGGUCUCGCACUCGCUCGUCUUCGUCCUCACCUCGCUGCUCUGGAUCUUCCUCGUCCUCCCCCACAGCCCGCGCGCGUCGUGCACGAAGCCGUCGUCGUCCCCGCCGACCCCGAGCGGCAGUAAGCACUCGCACGCGGGCGCGCACGCCGUGGACCUGGCGGCGCCCCUGCCGCACGGGGCAGCGGCGUCGUCAUCUCCGUCGUCGUCACCGUUGCAUAACGCGACGUCGGGCGCGGCCUUUGUCAGCUGUGGCGCCUCGACGGCCGAGGCCAAGGCCAGUGGCUGCCGCUACGACAUGCUGCUCAACCACUGGGUCGCGCCCGCCUGCACCUCGCGCGAGUGGGAGGACGAGUACGCCGACGACGGGACGUGGUACGGGUACCGCGACGAGGCGCGCGCCCACCGCAUCGAGGGCGGGCCCGCCGCCCUCGGGGAGAUGGACCACUACUACACGUCGCAGCGAGACCACAUCAACCACUGCGUCCAGAUGUGGCGGCGCCAGUACGUCGCGCUGUUCGAAGGCCGCAACAUUGACGAGAUCACGGCCAGCUGGGGUCACACCGAGCACUGCUCCCAGUUCCUGCUUGACGUCACGGACCGCUUCAAGGAGUACUACGAGGAGCCCAUCCUGGUGGAGGUUGGCUGGACCGGCUGCUGGGUUAAAGAGAAACCCAAAGGGCUGUAA